AUGGCAGCUCAGUAUCUGUCUUACACGCACAUUAAAGCCUUUGAGUGGGGAAAGCUCGAUGAUAGGGACCAACACACGUCAUUACGCCCCUCUUCGUCUGCGUACACAGCGACGCCGUUGUCGAUCUCGAACGAUAUAAAAAUCGGGUCGGGGACUCACUACACUCCCUCGGACUCGUCGCCUGAGACGGCCUUCUCGCCGUCUUUCUUCAGCACUGCGAGCAACAGUCGCAUCCGCACUGUAUCUGCCAACGGGAGAGGGGUUGGAGACAAUGACCCGCCAGACACGCCGCUGACGCCCUAA